AUGUAUUUACCCAGCUGCACCUACUACAUGUCCAAGUCGGCGAUGCAGACCGACUUGGCCUCCCUCAACCCACCGUUCUUAACCGAGAACGGGACCAAGCCGGUGCAGGUCAGCCCGCAAAUCCAGCCGUGCUCGCGCGAGGCCGGCGCGUUCGUGGACUACGGCCCGGCUCUGCUGGAUCACAACCAUCCGACGGGGAGGUUACCGGACUACCGCAAUUAUUUCUGUUAUGAGCGCAGGCAGCAGUAUCAGCCGACGGGGAAAUGGUCGCUUUACCAGGGCACCCACAACGCCAACUCCUCGCCGUCCUGCUACUACGCCACGCCGGACGAAGCAGCCCACCCGUCGCCCUCGGAGCGAGUCUUCGGCGGCGGCGACCGGUAUCUGUACGAUGCCGCGGUGUACGGGGCGCACGGCGCCGGCUACCAGCCCUUCGCGGAGAGCGGCGUGGUCCUCUCCGGCGCACACAUGACUUUCUCCUCCGCUAGUCCCUCCGCGUCCGACAAAACACACCCCCGAUUCCUGCCCCCCGUGGGACGCAACGGCAUUCUCCCGCCGGGCUUCGACCCCUUCUUCGAGGUGAGCGAAGGAGGGGGGUCGAAACGAGAGGGCGCACCGGCAAACCGCCGGGCGAACGAGACGCACCGGGCCGGACACCGAGGGAGUCACGCGGCGGAGGGCUGCGAGAGGAGCCGCUCCGAGUCCCCCAGGACGGGAGGGGAGGACGAGGAGAACUCCCUUUUGUCCAGCGGCAACGCGGAGGAAGACGACGGUAAAGGCCUUGAGCCCUCCAUGAAGAGGAAGAAGCGUUGUCCUUACUCCAAACAGCAGAUCAGAGAACUAGAGAGAGAGUUCCUAUUUAACGUUUACGUCAACAAAGAGAGACGCAUGCAGCUGUCUCGCUAUCUGUGUCUGACAGACAGACAGGUGAAAAUUUGGUUCCAAAACAGAAGGAUGAAGGAGAAGAAACUGAACAGAGAGCGACUGCAGCACUACACAGGCCAUCUGUUUUGA